UGAAGUCGAACAAAUGGAGAGUUUGACGUAUGAUUGGUGGAGUUGAAAGAUAGCCAUUAGCCAGUUCCCUCUCAAAAUAACCUUCUCAGUUGGAAGAACCGUUUGCCCAAUUAUUCGUGUUUCAACACACAAAGUAUUAUCUGCUAUAGAUAUUUGAGUCGCUUUGGAGCAUUGACUACUGCCGUGGUUGACUGGUUUGACUGGCAAUCGGAAAAUUGGCUUCAUACGGAAAGUUCAAAACUGGCAGCUCUGAAUGUUCAUGAUGCCGGAGAUAUCUGUGCGAACAAUUGUUUACCCCCGCUUCCAAACUCCCGGACAGCAAUUGCACGAAGCAUUUCGUUUAUUUGGAAACAUUCAGAAUUCAGAGAGCCUAGUUGGAUGCUUGGAGACAGCCAUGUUUGGGAAAAUUAGCUUUUGGAGGAACAGCGCACUUGUUGAUCUGCUGAUUCUCUCUGUAUUAGCAACAAGAUGUUUAUCAGCUCCCAUGGCAACAUACAACAUCUUUCAAAACCAAUCAAUUUCAGAUGGGCAGACCCUCGAGUCCAUGAACAAAAUGUUUGUGCUCGGUUUCUUUAGCCCUGGAACUUCAAGAUACCGAUAUGUUGGUGUAUGGCACAACAAUGGUCCAGAAAGGACAGUUGUAUGGGUUGCUAAUAGGAACAAUCCAUUACAAGAUAAUUCUGGCAUACUUAAGUUUGAUAACCAUAGUAAUCUGAUAGUUUUAGAUGGCAGUGGCAACUCAUUCACUGUGUCUUAUGGGAUGGGUGUGCAAGACGUGGAGGCUGCAAUACUGGAUAAUGGCAACUUUGUCUUGAGGAUCUACCAAUCCAAAAUCAUAUGGCAGAGCUUUGACUCUCCUACUGAUACAUGGCUUCCUGAAAUGAAUAUUACACUUGGUAGUAAAUUGCUGACUUCAUGGAAGAGCUAUGAUGACCCAGCAAUGGGGGAUUACUCCUUUGGUCCAGGCAUAACUGAUGCAUUACAACUCAUUAUCUGGUGGAAAGGGAGCAACAUAUAUUGGACCAGUGGACGCUGGAACGGUGAUAUGAAUUCUCUCAUUCCAGACCUAACAUCUAUAAGUGUCACCCCUGUUUCAUUUCUAUGUGACAACCUUUCUUGCACAUACACUCCCAACCCUAGAAACAAAACGACAAAGAUUGUGUUGGAUCCAAAUGGUUCAUUGAACAUAGCACAAUUUGAUCCUGAAGCUAAAUCAUGGACUCUGUUAUGGAACCAGCAUGCUAGUUGCGAUGUGCCUAACUUAUGUGGAGUUUUUGGUAUAUGCAACAACAGUGCGUUAGCAAUACGCCAUUGUCAAUGUCCAAAAGGUUUUGCACUACAAGAAAAUACCAGGAAAGGGUGCACAAGGCAAAUCCCACUGCAGUGUAAUGGUGAUAGGUUUAUUGAUAUGCCUGGUAUGCGACUUCCUGACAAUAGAGAGAAGCUGUCUGUUAUGGGAGAUAAUGAAUGUCAAUCAGCAUGCAUGAUAAAUUGCUCUUGUACUGCGUAUGCUUAUUCUGUAUUGGAUGGUUGCAGCCUAUGGCAUGGUAAUCUAACAAAUAUGCAGAAUGGAUAUAAUGGGAGUGGAGUAGGAACUCUUUGUCUUCGUGUGGCUGCCUCAGAGUUAGAAUCAAUCAGUAGUUCAGGUCACAAAAUACUUUGGCUAGCUGGUGUACUUCCUUCUGUUGCAUUUCUUAUCUUUUGUCUCAUAUUGUUUAUUUGGAUUAGGAGAUCAAAAAAUAAAGGGAAAGGAAAAGAGCAUGGUCACCUCUCCUUAAUGAUUUCGGAUACAUUCAAACUUUGGGAGAGUGAAGAGACAAGCUCUCAUUUUAUGAUGUUUUCCUUUUCACAAAUAACAAACGCUACCGACAAUUUUUCAACAGAAAACAAGCUUGGAGAAGGGGGGUUUGGCCCUGUGUACAAGGGAAACUUACCAGAUGGUCAGGAGAUUGCUGUUAAGAGACUAGCAGCAAAUUCAGGGCAAGGGUUACUGGAGUUUAAGAACGAAAUCCUGCUGAUUUCUAAGCUUCAGCAUAGGAAUUUAGUUUUGCUGUUAGGUUGUUGCAUUCAAGAGGAAGAAAUGUUACUAGUUUAUGAGUACAUGCCAAACAAAAGCUUGGAUUUCUUCUUAUUUGAACAAUCACGAAGGGCUUUGUUAGACUGGGAAAUGCGGAUUAACAUAAUUGAAGGAGUUGCACAAGGUCUUAUUUAUCUCCACAAGCAUUCUCGGCUGAGAAUUAUUCAUAGGGACCUGAAAGCAAGCAACAUUUUGUUGGACAUUGAUAUGAACCCUAAGAUCUCAGACUUUGGAAUGGCAAGAAUAUUUGAUCCUAAAGGAACACAAGCUAAUACGAAAAGAGUUGUUGGGACAUAUGGCUACAUGGCUCCUGAAUAUGCUAUGGCAGGCAUUUUCUCUGUUAAGUCCGAUGUAUUUAGCUAUGGAGUCUUGCUUCUGGAGAUCAUCAGUGGAACAAGAAAUUCAGGAUCUCAUCGACGUGACAACUCUAUUUACCUCCUUGGUCUUGCAUGGGAAUUAUGGAAAGAAGGCAGAUGCCGUGAGCUCAUUGAUAAAGCAUUACACGGUAGAUGUCCUGAGAAUAUGGUACAAAGAUGUGUUCAUGUCAGCUUGUUGUGUGUUCAAGAGAAAGCUGCGGAUCGACCUUCCAUGACUGAAGUCAUUUCGAUGAUUACUAAUGAAAAUAUCACCUUACCAGACCCAGAGCAACCUGGUUUCCUCUCCAUGUUUCUUCCCGAUGGAACUGAUAUCCCUGAAGAAACAUGCUCCCUGAAUGGUCUUUCGAUUACCAACUUGGAUGGUAGAUAGUACCAUCUCAAGCUGCUGCUGUUCUUUGCUUGGUGAAGGCAAGCGCUACACUUAAUCGAACCUGCUUGUUUACUGCACAAGUUAUAGCACGUUAACCUAAAAUUUUAGCUCAACUUAUAGAGUGGUUGAUCUGAUAAUCUGAACCAUAUUCCCUUAUUGGUUAAAUGACCUGCAAUGAUUGUUAGAUGAAGCGUUUUGUGGACUGUAUGGUUGGCAAUGCCAACUUAGCAUUAUGACUUCCUGAUUUCUACUGCUUCACCGGGCCAUGUAGUAGUAGGUCCCAAAACUGCUCCUCUAUAAUCUAUAUCUGGAAGCCACCUGCCCGUUGUUGGUGCCUA